UGCAUCCAUUUGUGAUCGGUGUUGAAUAUAGAUAACAUAGAAUGACUCGUAAUACAUAAUAGUGCAACAGGAAAGUAGUGUAAUAUUUCAAGAGAAACGUAUACAAGUCAAACAAGAAAACCCAUAGUGAAUGAAUCUGUAGUCCAAAGUGCGGUUUGACAAUUUCCUGGCUUGUAAUCUUUAUCACUAAUAGUUUUUAAAAAUCUUAAAGGUCUUUAAAGAAAUGGCACAAGAAGUUGAAGAAACUAUGAAACGAAUUCAGUCUCAUAAGGGAGUGGUUGGGACGAUAGUGGUGAACGCAGAAGGAAUUCCGAUUAAAUCAACUUUAGACAACACAACAACAGUUCAAUAUGCAGGUUUAAUCAGUCAAUUGUCUGACAAAGCCCGUUCUGUUGUGCGAGAUUUGGAUCCAACUAAUGAUCUAACUUUUUUACGCAUACGCAGCAAAAAACAUGAAAUUAUGGUUGCACCUGAUAAGGAGUUUAUAUUAAUUGUAAUACAAAAUCCAGUUGAUUGAUAUUUAAAGAAAUGAAAAGUAUAUCGCAGAAUCAAGAUUUAA